CUCGUAGAACACAGUUUGCGGCAUCGAUCCUGUCAUAUAUCUGAUGCAUCUGUCCUUCCAAUAUCUUGGUCAUUGUACGAUCAGUCUGGAUAAGAUCCAUCGCGCAAUGAUGAGGCAUUAAUAUAUUACUCGUCAGAGAGGUUUGACUUAUCUAGGAAGGGUGAGAUUAGUCAGUAAAACAGUCAUACUUCCGUAUUGUCGGUGAAGAUGAUAGUUAUCUUCUGAACACUCGGAGUAAACUCAGCAUCGAUAGUGAAGUAAUACUACCAGCUCUUCUGUGCAGCCUACAGUGGUGAAACUUGUCGGAAACACCUGAGGAUUCUUCAGAAUAUACACCAAAGACUUUUCCGAGCAUGCUCUUGCAUCGGCACACUGUCCAAUGGCCAUGAAAACUUGAAGGCAAAGUGCAUCAAAAUAUGCUGUGGGAUUGGAGCUGUCAGGAAGAUGAGGCAGCAAGACGAGACGCCCAGAGAAGUUUAUCUCAGCAUGACAGAUAGAACGAAGGACGAGAAUCUUCCUCGUGAAUGAUUAAGAAUGAUCAAGAGUCCUAUGCUCUCCAGGAUGAUCUCUGCAGAUCCAGAACGAUCAAGGAUAAAGUCACGAAAGAUGUCAUUAAACUCAGUCUGUCGACCUGCUUAAACUGGAGUUGACACAAUAUUCAACACGAGGAUCCACCCAAACACAUUUCUCGAAAAUAAACAUGGCCAUCAAAUGUAUCACAACAUCGCCAGGUCCGGUUACUCGAGUUAUUGGGGCAUGUCGAAUCGUACACAUCACCUCAUCCAUCGUGUUCAGGACAACACAGACAAAUGGAAACGCGAGGUCUGAGCUUCACCAGGACGCCAGAGGUAGAGAACAAGGUGCUACGGGACGAAACAUCUUCCAGAUUCUUGAAACAAAAUGAGCUUGUACUUUAAUUUGAAUAGCCAUUGGGUUGACACAAAAUGCUGCACAUAAAAGUCACGUUAGCGUUCUGUUGGUUGGGUCAUACAUGAGAUUUGUUUCCAACUUUUACAUGUUUAUCAGAGAGAGA